AUGGACAAUCUCAUUCAAGUGACACCCACAAAAAGGAAUCGGAGAGGAAAGGUUGUUCAUUCUGGCCAGAAACAAAUCGUCAUAAAUAUAUACAAAGAUCUAUUGAAAACAGAACCUGAUAUAAAAUAUGAUAAUUUAUUGAACAAAAUAUCUACAAAAAGUGGUAUUGGAAUCGGAACAAUUAAAAGGACUAUCAGAGAAUAUAAGUCUACUGGCACACUAUCCUCACCAGUUAAUAAAAAGAACAGACCAACUGUAGUUGAUAAAGUGGACGAUUUCGACAAAAAUGCAAUUCGUCAAAAAUCCACGCAUUUUGGUUCAGACGAGAAAUUCCGACUUUACCGAAAAUGUUACAAGUUGUUGAAGGACUUGCAAUUCGAAUACACCAAAAGAAAUAGAAACAGUGCUCUUACUGAAAGAGAGGAUCUUAUUUUAUGGAGACGGAAAUAUAUUGCUGACAUACGACGUUAUCGCAAAGAAGGAAAAACAAUUUAUUUUUUGGACGAGACGUGGAUCAACGCCGGGGAUUGUUCAUCAAGAGUGUGGUUCGACAAAACUGUGAAAUCACACAGAGAUGCGUUUAACAGAGGCUUAACUACCGGGUCAAAGAAUCCUAUUGGAAGAGGCAAGCGGCUCAUUGUUGUUCACAUUGGGUCGACCGAGGGUUUCGUCGCAGGUUGUCUUUUGUGUUUUGAAUCCAAAAAAAACACAUCAGACUACCACGACGAAAUAAACGGCGAUACAUUUUUCGAAUGGUUCUGUAGCGUUUUACCUUUAUUAAAAGACGACUCGGUUAUAGUGAUGGAUAACGCACCGUACCAUUCGGUGAAAAAAGAUCACCUACCGACCCCCUCAUGGACGAAGAUCAAACAUCAAUACGACUUGUUUAUUAUUGACGAAGAGGCGAAAAAACACAAUCAAAUUGUAUUGCGUUUACCACCGUACCAUUGCGAACUUAAUCCAAUUGAGUUGGCAUGGUCGGUGGUAAAAGGACAUGUCAAAAAAAAUAAUACGACAUAUAAAUUGAACGACGUUCGUCAAUUAUUUAACGACGGUAUAAAAAAGGUGACACCUGAAAUGUGGUCCAAUUUUGUGUCACAUACGAUUAAAGAAGAGGACAAAUUUUGGCAGUUGGACUUCAUUUCUGAUGAGAUGUUGGAAGAAACACAGGCAUCGACAUCGCACGUGUUAACUAUAACCGGAGAGACGACUUCUGAUUCAGAAAACAGUGAUUGA